GGUCUGUUGUCUUACAUUUUCUUUUCUUUUCCAGGUACAAUCUUUUACCAUCGACAUUUUCAGAAGGACGUGCAUCUCUUUGCCUGCGCCUGUGUCGAAAAAAAGAUACUACGUAAAAAAAUCAAACUGGAGUACGUAAACCCAUAAUUAUUUAUAAUCUAAUUGUAAAAUAAAUACGAAUCUAAAGUUUUAACAUCCUUUUCACAUAUAUCCAUCUUGAAGCUUAACACGCGCGGUCGGCAAAUUAGAUUAUCUUCUCGUUAGACAAUCAAAGGGGUAAUGUACCAGGGCAACGACCGUUGUUUAUUUUUCAGCAAGAUGGGCGCAUGCCGCCAUGGGGAUAAUUGCACCAAACUGCAUAUCCGCCCCAGCACCUCCCCAACGGUAUUAUUUCCAAUGAUGUAUCCCAUCCCCUUUGCGGCCCUGGACGGCCACAUUGAGGAUCGCCAGUGGUCCUUUACCCAGUUUGACAAGAAAUAUCUCAAAAAGCACUUCGAGCACUUUUAUAAAGGGGUAUGGCGGACUUUUAUGGAGUACGGACGGAUCGCGGAGCUUCGUGUGGUGAGUAAUCUGAAUGAUCAUUUGCUUGGGAAUAUGUACGUCCGCUUUGAUGAUGCCGCGGCCGCCUCCCGAGUGGUGAAGGAGCUGCGCGAUAAAAAGACUAAAUACAACGACAUCAUCAUCCUCCCAGAGCUUUCUCCUGUAGUUAAUUUCGCCGAGGCGUGUUGUAAAGAGGACCUUGAGGGGACUUGUGCUCGCGGCGGGCAGUGCAAUUACCUCCACAUUAUGAAGGUAUCUCGCAAAUUACUAGAGAGCCUGGAGAAAAAACAGGCCAAGUACUGGAAGAAAAAGGAAAAACACGAUAAAGAGGAUCGAAAACGACACCAUGGUACUCGUUCUCGAUCGAAUUCUCAACCCUUGAAUGGGGGUGAUAUUUGCCAUAUAUGUGGCAAAUCAGGCCAUCUUUCUCGAGAUUGCCCAAUGAAAUAAUAGUUUGAUGAGUAAAAAUUCAUUUUAAGGGAAGGCGAGCGGCGUCUGAAUAAUUUUUUUUCACGUCCUCUCUUUCAAUUUAGCGUGUCACCAUGUGAGCGAUCCUUUCCACACAAUAUGGGGCAUGAGUGGUGAA